AUGGGUACCAAUUCGACUCGUCUGCUCCGGCCUGCGUUGCGUCCCUCCGCGACUCGGCCAGCUAGCCGUCCCACAAGAAGCUUCGCCCAAAUUGCUAGCAGGGCGGAAAAAGAAAACACCCCCCCGUGGAGAAAAAACAAAAAAAGCAACAGCAACACCUACCGUGCAUCCAUCUUUCACGAAGAAAUAACAGACAAAGAAAAUGCGCACAACAAUGAAAAGAUACUAAGAAUAAUCCAGAGCAGCUCGAUCACCCAGUUUAGUGUGCAGGACUGCACUCUGUUCCUCAAUUACCUUAUUCGAAAUAAAAAGAGCAAACACACAGACAACGAGGUAAAGAACUCAUGUAGGGUGAAGCUGACUUCAUCCUUGUACAAAGAAGCUAUGACGAAAAUUAUAACUUCUGUGCUUACGUAUGAAGAAAAAUAUUUUUGUUUUUUUUUCCAAAAGUUUGUUGAGCUGAGGGAUAUAAAUGCGAUAGAGCGGAUGUUAAUUCACCUGCACACAAAUCAGUUGUUCCGCUCUUUCACAUUUUACAAUUUGGUCGAACUUUUUUACAAUUUUUCUGUCCUCAAUUUUGAGAGGGAGAGGAGCGAAGACGCAUUGAAUAUAAUUCUGGAUUACCUCCUCUCCAGUGUCAUUCGAACAAAUGGUCAUUUAAGACACCUGGAGAGGAAGCUUAUCAACCAUGCCGGUGUGCAAGGCGCGGAUGGAAAGCCUGUGUAUAUACACAGCUUUGCCAAGCGGGGACGCCAUAACGGGGAUAAUUUCCCCCCGGUGAGGAAAGCGAACAGGAAAAAAAUAACAAGCUCAACGGUUAGCAAUGGAGAUAGCCAGGGCACCCCCCAGUUCGACGUGAACUCCCUAUCCAAUGUCAUGCUAUACAAGCUAAUCUACGCAUUAGCGAAAAUGAACCGCAAGAGGGAACUGGUGAAAGAACUCCUCAUUCUGCUCAUCCCAUACGUACGGUUCAAACUGCAGAGCAUGGAUUACGUGUUUUCCAAAGACAGACCUGAUAUCAUCGUUAAGGUUUUGUGGGCCUAUGCAUUCCUACAAGUGAGACACGUUAACCUCUUUCUGGACUUCUCCCUCUGCAUUCAAGUCUCCAUAAGCGAACUCAAUCCGGAUCAGCUCAAAAUUGUGAAAAACAUUUUUCUAAACUUUCGUAUUUUCGAUGAGUUGCUAUUAGACACAUUGGAGGAGCGCAUCGACUACAUGGAGGAGAAAUGCCCUGGCCCCCUUUCGCAGCCAAGGAAGAAGCCAUUUAAGAAGAAAAAAAGGAGAGUGGCGCUGACGGAUCAAAUCAAGCUCAAGUUGGAGCGGUGA